AUGGCAGAGCUGCAGAUGUUACUAGAGGAGGAGAUCCCAACAGCCCUCAUGCUUGCUGUACAUUAUGAUUCUGCAGAUCUAGUCAGGGUUCUUCUUCAGCAAGGUAUUAAUAUCUUUUCUGAAGAUGCGUGUGGAUGGACUGCAAAAGAAUAUUCUAUUUUUAAUGAUCUUCAAGUCAGUCGCCAACUAAUUGCCGAACAUAGAGAAGAAAAACUUAACAAUGAUUUGCAAAGUAAGAAUGCAGUGGCAGAUAAGAAUUCUGAAGAAGAGUCUUUAAGCAGUAUUUCCAUUAAACCAGGUACUGAUGAUUCAUGGCCUACAUCAGAUGAUGAAGACUUUAAUUUUGAUAUCAAGACUGUCCCAAAACCAAACUUAAGAGCGCUAAUGAAUGCUUCUGAGCAAUUCAAGAAUGUGGGAACAAAAUGUGGCCUUAUAACACUAGGAGGUAGAACUUUAUCUGAGCAUGAUAAUUCUAAUUAUGAAGAUGAAAAUAUAGUUGGACUUCUUUACAAACUACCAUUCAAAGCCAAUGACUUUUCUUGUCUUGCUUUUUCAAAACCUUCUGUCAAGUCGUUAGCAGGCCAUGGUGUUACAAAGGAAGGAGAGGUGCAGCCGGCAACUGGAAAAAAGGACAAUGGUAUUAAUAUUACUGAAAGUGCUCCACAAGAGCAAACAGUUAAUGACCAUCUGACUUCUGCUGAUAGAGCAUACAGUAAUAGUAGUGUUACGAUGUCAGCAUUGGGAUUAGGAGAAGAGGAAGAUGGAGAAUCACCUUGGGAUUCUGAUAUUUCUGAGAGUCUUCUAAAGAAAGACGUUAAACAUUUAUUUGGAGCUGCGGAUCAGAAAGGACCACGUAUAUUAAAUGAACAAGUAGAAGAUUCUCCGAAAAGAUAUCCUUAUGUGAAGCCUACCGUUGAAGUGAAAGAUUCUGUUCCUAAGAAAACAGUAGAAGUCAAGGAAAAACAAACAUCCAACUCAGAUUGGCCAGCAGAAUUAGACUUAGGAAGGACAUCAGAGGAAGAGCAUAAAAGACUUGAUGAAAGUGAAAAUAACCACCUAAAGGAUAAAGGUAUUUCACAAACAUGUAUCGUGGCAGAAAAGACAUGUGAAAAUCAAACCCAGCAAAUUAACGUUCCACUUUUGCAUCUGCAAAAAAAGUCUCGAGAACCAGAAAUGAAUAAGAAAUGUGAUAGAAAGGAUAAUAUAUCAGUAUAUUCAGAACAUCCUUCUGUGCAAAAGCGUGAGGAAAUCUCGAUCAAACAAGGCAAAUUAGUGUGGAAAAAUAAUCUAAAACACAUCACCAGUGAGUUAAAGCGGACGUUUGGUGAAACUUGUGAAAAACAUAAAAUUGCUCCUUAUCCUAAGGAAGAGUCACUACGUGGUAACUUUAAAGAAGGAGCAAACUUAAUGGAAAUACCUUCUAACUUGACAAAUGAUAGACUUGAUUGUGAGAAAAAGGAUAUAUUUGCAGUGCCUGUCCCUCUAGUAGUUCAGGCAUUUCCUGAACAAAAAAAUUCUAGUCUCAAAUAUGCUUGCCAGGCAUCUUCUGAUUUAAGUGAAAAUAAAUCAGACUGUGAAAAUGAUAACAAACCAGACACUGAGCAUGUUUUUAAAAAGAGUUUUAAAAGUGAUACAGAAACUAAAAAAGUAAGGAACCCACUCGCUACGUUUGAAGUGAAAGAAGACCAAGAGUUUGAGGUGCAAAUGGCAAAAAGUAUGAACCAAAAUAGCACUAAUUCUAAAUUAGACAUUGGACGUAUACCUCAGUCUAGUGACUCAGAAAGCCGUUUCGACAAAAGGUUUUCCCGCUCCAAUGAGAUGAGACAAAUGGCUCAAAUAAAAAGGCACCAUAGUUCUGCCGUUACAAACAUUUACAAGAAAACAAAAGUCUUGUUCCAGAAGCCAUUCUGUGCAGUUAAUAACAGUACUAAUAACUAUAGAAGUAUGGAACCCGAAUUAGAAAAUGUGAGUUCUUCUCCACCAUGUAGUUACAGAACAUCAGAAGUAUGUCUAAAAGAAGAAUUACAGCAAGAUGUUCAAAAGUUUAAGAACGAGAUAGGCAUGUUACAGAUAGACAUCCUGGAUGAGGAAAAAAAGAAAGUUCAACUUCAAAAAGAGAUUAAUGAAGAAAAGAAGAGAAACCAAAGUAAUGAGACGGCAGUAUUAGAAAACAUAUAUGCUGUCGCUGCUGCUGCUGCUGCUGGACUAAUUCAACAAAGAGAGAGCGGAAAAACUGAAAACCACCUCUUUCCUGUUGGGAAAAAGGAAGAUUCUGAUGGUAGUGAUCCUGGUUUGCAUAUGAAGGAAGUAAGGAGAGAUGAAAAUGACAAAUGGACAUCAGAAGUAUCUGUGAUUACACCAGGGCUUGAGAAGGCUGAUUCCCUACCUUCUCAUCCACCACAAGUGAAUGAUGACAGCACUUCAAGUGAAAUGGAUCAGGAUGAAGUAAGACCUGCAAAGAAAACGGCUCAUGAAAAGAAAGAGGUCAAAAAGCAAAUUAAUUUUAUGGAUGACCUUGACUUAACUGAGUCAUCUGGAACAGCUUCAGAGGAUUCCAAGUUGCCUUGCUCUAAGUAUAUGACGCUAAUUGUACAAGUUGGCCAGGAUCGUAAAGAUUCUACUACUUUACUAAAAACCCAGGAUGCGAUUCUUUCGUAUAAAAAAUUAGAACUUAAAAAAAAUCAGUGUAAACAACUUAAAAGAAAAAAUAAAGAAAUGGAAAAUAAAGUUAAUGGACUACAAAAGGAGCUAUCAGAAACAAAAGAGUUGAAAUUGCAACUGGAGCAUCAAAAAGUGAAAUGGGAACAAGAACUUAGCGAUUUGAGAUUUACCUUCAAACAAGAAGAAGAAAAAAGAAGAAAUGCUGAUAAAUUAUAUGAAAAAAUGAGGGAGCAAUUCAAGAGAAAAGAAGAGCAGUUUAAUAAAGAAGUUGAAAUGAAACAACAACUUGAACUUCAUCUUGCAACAGGGUGCGAAUUGAGGACUGUGAGAAAUAAUUUGGAUCAGAUGUCUAAUAGUCAUAAAGAAGAAAAAGAUCUGUUGCCUAAAACCCACUUGUGGCAGGAUGAAAUUGCCAUGCUAAGACUGGAAAUAGACACAAUAAACAAUAAGAACCAGGAAAUGGAAAGUAAAUAUUGUGAAGACAUUGAAAUUAUAAAAGAAAAGAAUGUCAGUCUUCUAAAGACCAUAAAACUGAAGAAGGAAACAUUAACAAAAAUAAUAUUAGAAUAUAGUGGACAGAUUAAUGCCCUGACCACUGAGAAUACAAUGCUAAAGUCUAAACUGGAGAAUGAAAAGCAAAACAAAGAAAGACGGGACACACAAGUUGGAUCAUAUCGAGCUAGACUAGCUACUGCUCUAGAGGAUUAUGAUCAAAGUCAGGCAUCAAAAAGAGACCUAGAACUUGCUUUCCAGAGAGCAAAAGAUGAAUGGUUUCGUCUGCAGGACAAACUGAAUUUUGAUGUGUCUAACCUAAAAGAAAACAAUGAGCUUCUUUCUCAAAACCUUUCUAAAGCUGAAACUAAAUUCAAUACUUUAGAAAUUGAGCUCCAUCACACAAGAGAUGCUCUCAGGGAAAAGACUUUGGUUUUAGAAUGUGUACAAAGAGACCUAAGUCAAACACAGUGUCAGAAAAAGGAAAUGGAACACAUGUAUCAAAAUGAACAAGAUCAAGUGAAUAAAUACAUUGGAAAGCAGGAAUCCUUAGUGGAGAGAUUAUCUCAACUACAAAGUGAAAAUAUGCUGCUUCAACAGCAACUAGAUGAUGCUCACAACAAAGCUGCCAGUAAAGAAAAUGUAGUAAUUAAUAUCCAAGACCAGUUUCAGGAUAUCGUAAAAAAACUUCAAGCUGAAAGUGAAAAACACGGUCUUUGGCUGGAAGCAAGCAAUAGAGAGCUAAUUAAUGAAUGUAAUCUUUUAAAAGAAAGAAUGUAUCAGUAUGAAAAGGAGAAAGUAGAAAGAGAAUUGCAAGAAGCACAAGAUCGACAUGCAGAGGCUGUAAGAUGUAUUGAGACGUCGAAAGAUCACGUGCAAAAGCUUGAAGUUGAAAAUGCCAAGUUAAAAGUUACAGUCAAAAACCAAGCGCACAAAAAUGAACAACUUCAGGAAAACCUGUUAAGUACAAGUUCGUCUGAUGAAAAGGGACAGAUAAAGAAAUUGAUUGAGUUGAAACAAUCUCUGGAAUGUAGUUUGGAUCAAGAAAUGAAGAAAAAUGGUGAAUUAGAAAAAGAGAUGACUAGAUUUAAGAAACUCUUAAAUGUGACAAGGAGAAAGUUAAGUGAAUAUGAAGAUGGAGAGAUUACUUCCCCUGGAAAUUCAAAAACCAAUCAAAUUGAAAUGGAUAGUCAGAUUAAUAUGCUAAAACAGACAAAACUGGAAACUGCGUCUUCAAAAUGUCUAUACCUGGAUGCAAACAACCAGCUUCUUACCCAGGAGUUAUCAUCUAUGAAGGAAAUGCAGAAGAAAUACGAAAAACUAAAGAAGAAUAAAAAGAAGUUGGAACAACAAGUAGUAAACCUCAGAAGUCAUGUAGAAUUCAGUAUGAUAGAAUACAGUAAAAUAGAACAAUAUAAACGGGAGUUUGAAGAAAGAACAAGAUUGGACAUAACAGAAAAAUUAAAAGAAGCCAAUCUGUUUUUCCAGACACAAGUAGCAUCUCAAGAACGCUUAGGACAGUUAAGAGAAACUAAUAAUGUUUCAAUAAGAAAUCAAAUGGAACUCAGAAUUAAAGAACUGGAAUUUGAAUUAUCCAGAAUGAAAAGUUCUCAAGAAGAUUUUAAUAAAACAGAAUUGGAAAAAUACAAGCAACUCUACCUAGCAGAAUUAAAAGUUCGAACGUCAUUGACAAAUGAACUGAACAAGACUAAUGAGAAGCUGGCAGAGACCAGUACCAAACUUCUGGUGGAGACACAGCAAAAGUCUUUGAUUAAUACUAUUACUAUGAGCCCUGUCCUAGAAUUGCCUUCUGUUAGAAAUAUGAAUAAUAGUUCACUGUUCAAUACAUAUGUUGCUCCAAGAGAAAACCUAGUGACUCCUACCUCAAGCUCAUGGCCUACAAAGAAUGGCGUUGAGACUUUCUUAACCAAGUCUCAUGAUCCUAGGACUGUUUCUGUUUCUGUAAGUGACUAGCCGAUGUUAAGGUGCAAA